AUGAAUUAAGAUAAUUAGGAGAGCUAAUUUGAUUCUGAAGCAUAAAGCUCAGAAGAAAAUAGUUAGGUAUCAGAGCAACAGAACUAAAAUUAGCUGUCUAAGAAAUCUUAAGAACUUUAAAACGAUUAAGUAAAUACCUAGCAGCAGGAGAGAAUAGAUAAUCUUAAUCAUAUAUAAAUAGAAACUUAGUUUGAUUAGCCAGCGAAAUAGAAAAUACAAAGCAUAGAUUAAAUAAAAAACACACGGAAACCUAUUUCAUCAUAGCAAAGAGCUAUUUUUAGAGGUUAUGAUGGCUAAAAAAUUCCACCUGAUUUUGAUAAAGCGGCAGAACAUCGACUUGCUAAUUAGGUGGGACCUGAAAAGGAUAUAAAUUAAAUAUAGGAGGAUGAAACGAUAGAGUAUUGUGAGUGUUGUGCUAGAUAAAUUUAAAGACACCAGUUAAAGUUAAGGUGUAAUAUAUAUGAAUUGAGUUUUUUAGGAUCAGGAUAUCCAUUAUAUUUUUUCUUCAUCAAACAAUGUAUUGUGAUGUUAAGCUUAGUUCUUUUUAUUUGUGGAGUCUUCAAUGUUAUUACUAAUAUUAUUGGAAGCGGUAAAUGCUAGUCGGCUAGCUCUGAAUCUGAUCAACAAAAUUCUACCAAUUAAGAUCAAGUAGUUUGUAAAUAAGGAAAUGUUUUCAGUCUUUUUUACUUGGGUAGGAAAUCCGAUUAAGAAACAUUUAUGGAAAUUUAAGGCUACUUAAACCUCUCUUCUAUGAUUGCUAUGAUAAUAUUAUUGUAAUGGUUUAGAAAGUUAUAAAGAUAGUUAGAUGCUAAGUGUGACGAUGAAGAUAUUUCAGCAAAUGAUUACACAAUUAUGAUAAAGAAUGUACCAAAAGAUUUUGAAGCUAUAAAUGAUGAUUAUGAUGAUGACAUAAAAGAAUUUUUUAGAGUUAAUUCCUUAGAAGGGAAAGAAGUCGAGGUUGAAUCUGUAACUCUGUGUUAUGAUUUAAGCGAAAUAACAAAGUUAGAAUUAGAAAAAUAAUAAUUGAUAUAAAAGAAGAAGAAAUACAUUUUUAAAAUUAACAAUCUUAAAAAAAAGAUUGAUGAGAUUUUCCAUAUAAAUAGUUGUACUCAUAGUAUCUAAAAUGAUUUAGAAAACAAUCAACAAGGAAUUAAAAUAAUUGGUGACUCCUAACAGCCUAUUCAAGCCACAGAAGGUGAUACUAAAUUCGAAUUAAACAUACUAUAACCUAAUAAUACUGUUUGCAAUAUAUUUAAUAAAGAAAUUUCAUCAAAAGAGGAAAAUAGAAAAUCUAUUACAAUUAAUAAUGAACAAAUUUAAGAUAAGCUUCAAUCCAAAGAAAAUGACUAAAAUUUAAAUAAAAGCGAGACAAAGUAUCCAAAUAAAGAAUCUAUAAAUUAGCUAAAUUUAAAAAACUAAUAAGUAGGAAGGCAAAUAACUAUAUUCAGACAAAAUUAAAAAGAUUAAAAUGUAUUGGAUAAACUAAAUUUUUAGCUUACAGAAGAAAGUGUUAAUCUGGCAAAAAUAUAGCUUAAUAUCUAAAAAGUAGAUAAGCAAUUAAAGACAUUAAAUGAAAAACUUAUGGAUGGAAAAGGCAGAGAAUUCAUGAAAAACUAUUUCACUGGAAAUGCUUUCGUUUGUGUUAAAUAUGAAUAAGAUAAAGAAGAUAUAAUUGAGAGAUACAGACCUAUUGGUAUAUCUGAUAAAAUUCUUUCUAAAGAAAAAAAUUUAGUAUAACACCAAAUGAUUUACAAAGAUAAUAAACUUUCAGUGAUAUAAGCACCUGAUCCUACAGAUAUUAAUUGGAAUAAUUUACAUUAUUCAUAAAAUGAAAAGAUAAAAAGAAGGUUAAUAGGAUUUAUUUCUACAGUAGCCUCUCUGCUUGUUUGUGCUUUAGGAAUUUAUGGGUUUCAUUUAUUUUAAUAAUAUGAAAUAAAUAAAUAAAACGCAAGUAGUUUAAAAUUAUAAAUAAUAUCAUCAAGUCUGGCUAUACUAAUAACUAUAUUUAAUUUCAUUCUUUUAUUUAUUCUCUAAAUUAUAAGCAAGUAUUGCAAAUAUUCAACUAGAACUAAAGAUAAUAUAUUUAUUGCCAAAGGUCUUUCAGUAGCAAGAUUUGUUAAUUCAGCUCUAAUCAGUUUUAUAAUAUAAAUUUAUGUAUAAUCAAAUAAAGAUAAAUAAACUGUAUUAUUUGGAUAAGGUGGUCUUUCAGAUAAUGCUAACUAUUUUAUGAUAUCUAACUGCUUUGUGCCAUUUUUAUCUGAAUUAAUUAACCCUGAAUACUAUCUUUUAAUUUUAUUGAGAAAAAUUGAAGCCAAAAAAGGAGUAGAAUCCAUAAAAACUCAGUCAGAAUUAAAUCAGUUAUAUGAAAACCCAGAGUUCCAAAUACAAGAAAGAUAUGCUUAGAUAUUAAUGACUAUGUUCACUACGGCAUUCUAUAGUCCAAUUGUUCCUAUGACAAUAUUUUGGUCUCUAAUAGGUCUCAUUUUGUAAUAUUGGGUUGAUAAAUAUAACUUGAUCCACAGAAGUUGUGUAAAAAAUAAUAUGAGUGCAGAAUUAAGUAUUGAGAUGACUGAACACUUAGAAUAUUUUUUACCUAUUCAAAGUAUAUCAACUUUAAUCUUUUAUCAAUACGCAAAUGGAGGAGAUUGGGGAUUGUCUUCAAUAAUUGGUACAGCGAUAGGUCUAUUGCACGCUUUUUUACCUAUGUAGCUUAUUAAUGAGAGAUUUUUUGAAAUAAAUAAAGCAUCAGCCAAUACCAUUGAUUAUGAAGAGGCUUAGAAAUAUUUUAUUACUGAUUAUAGCAGAGAAAAUCCUAUUUAUAAGUAGCAGGCUAGAUAAACUCAUGUUAAAAAAAUGACGAUUAGAAUAAGCAAUUAGAAAGAUUUUUUGAGGAGAAAUGGGCUUAGGUUUACUGGAAACGAAAGCAUAGAUUCUAAAAACUCAAAUACUCCUUAAAAAAUAAAUCUUGCAACUCCUUCACUUUUUUAGGUUAAUGGCCAUGAAAAAAAGUUAAAUUAGAUUAUAAAACCAUUCGACCAAUAAUAAGAAAAAAAUAUAUUUUAAUAAAAAACUUAAGAAACAUUUCAAACAACAGAUGACGAUGUAAACACUUAAUUGGUAAAUUAAUAAACUGCUACUUCUAGCCAAAAAAGAGCUUAUUUUAUUGAUGGAAAAUAUAUUACAAACGAAACAAAUUUGGUAUUAAUUUAAGAGGAGAUGACGCAAUCGAUUCAUUCUAACUUGAAUAUGGUAAACCAAGAGUCUUAAAAAUAAUUUUAAAAUAACUCUCCAGAUAUAAAUAAUAUUUCACCUUAAUUACUAUAUGGUUAACCAAAAUUUAUAGAUUCAAUAGUUAAAUAAAAAGAAUAAUUUAAUCCUAGAAAAAAGAUUUAAAUAUACAGAAUUAAUAAAAAGGAAGAUGAUAUAGAAUCUACGGAUUAGUAACCAACUCAACUCAUUAGCUUAAAUCGUAAAUUAGAGUCUAGUAGUCCAAAAAAUUUUAAUAAUAGUCCUGAAAAUUAAAUAGUAACAGAAAGAGAACUUUUAAACUAUAAAGAAGUUAACAAAAGAAAUAAGAGUUUUGAUUCAACUAUUCAGAACGGAGAUUAAUUCAAGCCUUCUAUAUUUAGUUAAUUUACAAGCACUAGUUUAAAGAGUAAAUAAAAGUACAGCAAGCUAAGAAUACACUUAAAGGAGCUAGAUAUGCUCCCUAAUUAAGAAGAUAAUAAAACUACCAAUCAAAAGGUUGAGUAGGUUUAAAUAAAUAUUCAAUGA